AUAAAAGAGCUCCGGCACUUUGGUGGGGCAUCAGUAACCCAGUCUACCCAGUACUACCAAGCUGACCAGCAACCUCCACACCUCAGGAAUCAACAUGAAGUUCUUCCAAGCCGCCGCCCUUCUCUUGGCCAUGUUCGCUGCCCUGGCCAACGCUGAGCCCGUUCCCCAGCCUGGAACCGUGCUCAUCCAGACCGACAACACCCAGUACAUCCGCACUGGCUAGGAUUGGAGAACUAUGUUGCACAUUCGCCUACCCAUUUGGACUUUUGAAUAAAAACUAAAUUACCUGAACUUGAUUUUAUUAUUUACUACUAAAUUAAUAUGGCCGAUGAUGUGGGAGUGAAGAAGGAAUGCAUUAAAGUAAUAAUACAUUUCGUUGAUAUAAAA